AUGGACUCCGACUUCUUCAUGGAGUCCAUACUGGCCCAUCUUUCACGGCCCAGACGCUCUCUCACACCCCUCCCCCCGGAACGGACGUCGGAUGGGAUGCCCACUAGGGGUGGCUCCUCCAAGGCGAGGCACAGAAGGCCCGAGGGGAUCCCAACAUUCGAUGUCGAGCACAUUCACAACCCAGCAUCUGGCGACGAGAUAUGCAAGGUGGUUCGAUUUCGAGAGAAAACACUUGAUUCUGUCACUCGAUUUAGGCAAGUUUGUUUCCUCGCGCCGGACGGAAUACCUUGUCGAAUACCCAAAGAAGGAUCUGCGUGGCUGCUAAGAGUGUUCUGGGACGACAUCUUGGGAAAAGUUGACAGACGGGAGAUGAUCUCUCUGGCGCCGAGCUAUCUCACAAGUCACAACUGGGUGCUCUGUAUGCCUCUAAAAGGCAGUGUGCUGUACUCACUUCGUACAGAAGUAGGUACACGUUUUGUCACCGAGGCAGAUCCUAUCAUGGCCAAGAUCGGUUGCACAAUUCUUCUCUCUCCCAAACCCAGGUUGGGCGUGCGAAAUCCGACCCAGAGACACCGGAAUUAUGUUGCAUCGAGACACACGCCCCCUUCAUCCACCGAACUGCCCAAGCCACUUGUUCCGGGCCCUCUCCUCUUUGCACCCCCUCAAGUGUCGACAGCAAGAAUACCCCCCUCCCCGUCCCUGGAUCCCCCUGCGACUCGCAGCUGGACGAGCACCGGAGCACAGGCAUCCUAA